UAAGAUAAAUGCAUGCCCUUGAGGCCUUGACUGAUUCCGAGGUUUCAGGGAUCAUUGUGAGUUAGAGAGGUGGCGCAUCGCGCAUGCCUUUUUUUUUUUGUAUUUUAACGCCGUCAUGUGACUCUUGCUAUUAUUUAUAUGCAAGUAUCAGGUAAUGCUUAAGAUGGAAGCAUGUUCAUCUUGUAUGUUGACUAUAACCUCUCCUUAAGCUUUCUUGAAGCUGGGUGAAUCGAUAACCUUGAUUAUAAAGAAUAUAAUAACAAAGAGGGGGUGGUCUGGUCGGCGCCGUCCCAACUCUACCAAGUUCAAGGUUCGAUGAUCAUUUCGGAGAUGAUAUUAGUCUAUAUAAAAUGGAGGGGAAGGAGUGAGGUAGAGAAAUAAGAAAGCUGAAGAAACAAAAAAAAUGUUCUCUUUGUUGUUUUCGCGGUCACCUUUGUGCACAGUAGCCAUAGUAUUCUACACUUUUGUGUGCAUUCCCUUAGAGAGGUUGAAGAAGCAGUGUGGAGUUGCUGAACCACAACACGAUGAUGGUUACCACCUACCCGGUUUUAUGUUUGGGGACAAGGCAAAGAAGAAGGAAGAGGAAGAGGAGAAGUUAUGCUGCUCAAUAUGCCUUGUGGAUUAUGAAGCUGAAGAUGCAGUGACACAUCUCCCAAGAUGCAAUCAUCUCUUCCAUAUCAAUUGCAUUGAACCUUGGCUUCUCAGUGGCCAUCUCACUUGCCCUCUCUGCAGAUCUUUUGUAUUUUCUUCUCCUUCUUCUCCUACACACAACAAUGUCAAUACUUCCCCCUUCUCUUUCAGUUUCUAUCUCUCGUUCUUUUUUUGCUUGUUGUCUCUCCAUCACCUGCUUGGAUGCUUGUUGUAGCCUUUCACUCCUUGUUAAUUAACACCCAUUCUUUUAUUAUACAUAUACUGCAUUGUUUUGUCUUUAUUACCAUGCACUGUUGUACAUAAUGCGUUAAUUCCUACAUAUCAAAGACUCUGAUUAUGAAGUACUAAACAGUAGGACUGAGCAAAAAAAAAAAAACCCGAAAUC